AGUUCCAUACCCCGUAGAGCAGGUAGUAGAGCACCAUGACCACGCCCAGCUCACAAUCCCUUCCCCAGAUGCUGCUGCUGCCAGCAAUCCUACUGGUCAUCUUUGCGGCCGUGGCUGAACAGCAGCAGCAUCCGGUGCCACGUCCUGGUUGCCGCGAUAAGUGCGGCGACAUCACCAUCCCCUUCCCGUUCGGCAUCGGCAACGGCUGCUACCGCGAUGGCUUCGAGGUCAUUUGCAACGACUCCUUCAUUCCUCCUCGUGCUUUUCUUGCUGACAACAGAACAAUCAAUCUAGAGAGAUCCUUCUACGACGACCGGGGCUACUAUCAGUCGUCGCCGCCGCUGGAGCUCUUGAGCAUAUCAGUCGCCACGAGCAAGGUACGAGCAUACGCUGCAGUAUCGUACCGCUGCAGCCUAAAUAUGACCGGCCGGACCGUGUCCAAGGGAGGUGAGGGGAAAACCUUCUUCAUGUCCCAGCAUAUAAAUUUCGGCAACUCGGCGUUUGCUGUCUCAGCAGCGCGCAAUGUUCUCAUAGGCGUCGGCCAGAUAGUGGAGCCUGUACUGGUAUAUGGUAACGGCGGUUCGGUGCCUAACUUGUAUUGCCGCACAAUAUCAGAGAGACGGUACAUGCAGAGGUACAACCCGGUCAAGAAUGGGUCAUGCGAGGGGCGGGGCUGCUGUGAGACCACCCUUCUGCAUCCCGGCAAGAGUUUGACCGUGUCUGUCACUGAGGAGGACGACGAGUGGUGGGAGCUUUAUCCCUGCUCCUACGCCAUGCUCGUGGAGAAGUCAUGGUACAGCUUCUUUACACCGGACAUGUCCGGUAACAAGACGCUGCACCAAAGGUUCCUCCGUGGCGUCCCCCUCGUGCUGGAUUUCGCUGCCGGAAAUGUUUCGUGUCCGGCGGAAGGACAGCCGCCGCCUCCAGACUACGCUUGCAUCAGCCAAAACAGCUCUUGUGCCGACGCAACAGUUACUCCUGGCUAUGUCUGCCGGUGCUCCGGCAAUUACACCGGCAACCCUCACAUCGCUCACGGUUGCCAAGACAUUGAUGAGUGCAAGCUCCCUGAAAAUCCCUGCUCAAAUGGCGGGAUCUGCAAAAAUAGGCCGGGAGGCUAUGACUGUCCAUGCAAAUUUGGAAUGAAAGCGGAUGGCCAAGGGGGGACCUGCACGCAUGUAUUCCCUCCAGCAGCAAUGGCGACUGUCGGCGGAAUAGGUGGUAUUCUUCUCAUGGCAAUUAUAACGUUUCUGAUUAUUCUUCACAAAGAGAAAAAGAAGACGAAAGAAUUCUACAAAAAGAAUGGUGGCCCUAUAUUGGAACAGGCAAAUACCAUUAAACUUUUCACAAAAGGGGAGCUCAAGCCAAUUUUAAAGAAUAGCAACUUAAUUGGAAAAGGUUGCUUCGGUGAAGUUUACAAAGGCCUUCUUGACAACGAACAAGUUGCAAUAAAGAAACCGAUCAAUGGUAGCGUGCAAGAGAAUGACCAAUUCGCAAAUGAAGUCAUCAUCCAAUCUCAAGUCAUCCACAAGAACAUUGUUAGGCUCAUUGGCUGUUGCCUUGAAGUUGACGCCCCCAUGCUGGUCUAUGAGUUCAUCUCACAAGGUAGCCUCCAUGACAUUCUUCACGACAACAGUAAAAAGGUGGCCCUCAACUUGGAUGCACGUUUAAGUAUUGCUGCACAAUCAGCCGAUGGUCUAGCUUAUAUGCACUCACAAGCAAACACUAGAAUUCUACACGGAGAUGUCAAACCAGCAAAUAUACUCUUGGAUGAUAACUUUGCACCCAAAAUUUCAGACUUUGGCAUAUCUAGGUUGCUUGCGAAAGACAAGGAACACACCGGAUCAGUCAUUGGCGACAUGAAUUAUAUGGAUCCUGUAUAUCUACAAGAAGGACUACUCACUGAAAAAAGUGACGUCUAUAGUUUUGGAGUUGUGAUCUUGGAGCUUAUUAGCAGCAGAAGGGCCAUACAUUCCGAGACUAAUGGUGUGGUAAAGAGCUUUCUUGAAGCCCAUAAGAAACAGAAGAAAGCGACCGAGUUUUUUGACAAGGAAAUUGCAAUACCAGAAGAUUUAGAGCUUCUUGAUAGUCUAGCAAGUAUGGCCGUGGAAUGCCUUAGCCUUGAUGUAGAUCAAAGACCCACGAUGAUGGAGGUAGCUGAGCAGCUGCACAAACUGAGUCGGUCUCGUAAGGUGCAAGAUGUUUGUCACUAAGCUCCAUUUGAGAAAACCCUCAUUUUGGUUCCGUGAAAACAUUUGUAACUGUGCUUGUAUGGUGGCCGAAUGCUCGCAGGCUGCAUUUGUAAUUGUGUUUCUAAGGUGUUGUAACUAUGUGUGAAAGCACUACAUUUUUACCAAAUAUGUAACCGUGUGAAACUAUUGGCUCCAAACAACAUUUUAUUUCUAAAUAGAGUGCAAGAAACAGAUCCAAACAUUGCACACGGGUCUUCUAUACAAACUUGUG